UUUUUCCAUCUUUCAGCCCCCAUUCUUAGCUUGGGGGCUUUCCAUGUAAUUUCCAGCACUUUUCCCUUGUGUGGCGCGGCUUGUUACAGUGGGUACACCAAACCUCCUCAUGUUUUUUCUCCAUACUGGGAACCCAGUUUUUCCUCUGGUUAGCAACCAUGAUUGUUCCUCCUUUAGCUAUCAUUGCCGAGCUUUCAGUGGUUGAGGUUUCCAACAUCAGCCCUCUCCUGCUUUCUUCACUUCGGAUAAUGGCUACCACUUAAUUAAGCCCUGGGACUUUCUCUUUUCCCAGGAUUUGGAUUCGGACCUGGUCAUAUUCAGGAUUUAGGCCUACCAAAAAAUCAUAGACCCUAUCUUGUUCAAUAUAUUCUUUUAGAAUUGCUGAAGUUGAUUGGCAUAUUCUGUAACUGAUCUUUUCCUUGUUUGGCAGCCACGGUUUUCACCUUUACAUCAUAAAUUUGAGCAGCAUCCUUGGCCUUAGAGUAAGUUUGUUCGACUGCCUCCCAGAUUUCUUUUGCUGAUUUAAGGAACAUGCAGGUAUCACUGAUUUCUGGGACCAUCGAAUUCCACAGCCACGCCAUGAUCAUGGAGUCUUCUUCAUCCCAUGAUUUGAAUUUGGGAUCUGUUUCAUCAGCAACAAUUAACUGUCAUUUCCAUAGGCCUUUCUCAAGUAAUUAUACUCCAACAACAGUUGAGCAGUAUGCGGCAAAUGUCAUUGAACUAAAAAGGGCGAAGGUAACUAGGAAAUUUCUCAUAUUGCGUGAGAUACCCGAGGAUGGAUUAUCAGAUUUUUUGUCAAAACUGGAUUUUUUGGCUGCAUGUGACGUAGCUGUUUUCGUGUAUGACAGUUCAGAUGAAUACUCAUGGAAGAAAUCCAAAGAUUUGCUUGAGAAAGUUGUUAGACAAGGAGAAAUAACUGGUUAUACAACCCCUUGCCUCCUUAUUGCUGCUAAGGAUGAUUUAACUCCAUUCCCAAGGGCAAUACUAGAUUCAGUUAAGGUUACUCAGGAACUGGGAAUAGAGGCACCUAUUCACGUAAGUAUGAAGUUAGGUGAUACAAGUAAUGUGUAUAAUAAAAUUGUUAAUGCUGCCGAACAGCCUCAUUUGAGCAUUCCAGAAUCUGAGGUUGCACGGAAAAAGAAGCAGCACAAUCAGCUUCUUCAUCACUCUCUUAUUUUUGCCUUAGUUGGGGCUGCUAUGGCAGUUGCCGGUUUGACAGCUUAUCGUGUGCGUUCAGUGAGGAAGAAUACUACUGCUUAGCAAUCAAGUAACCGUUAUACUAUUGCUUCUAACUUAUUGACAGUUGACUUCAACCCCAGUAUUUUGCCUUCCAACCUUGUGCUACCUAAAGUAAAAAUAUUUGAUGUAUAGUAAUUACUGAUCACAUU